AUGGAAUUGGGGCAAUUGAUUACACUUGAAGCUUUAGAUCUCUCCUGGAAUCGGCUCACUGGAAAGAUUCCGCAGGAAUUGACAAGAAUGAACUUUCUGUCCGUAUUAAACCUCUCUCAAAAUCAUCUCAUUGGACCAAUUCCUCAAGGUCUACAGUUCAACACAUUUGGAAAUGACUCGUACGGCGGCAACCUUGAUUUAUGUGGUCCUCCUUUAUCAAAACAAUGUGGAACGAGUGAUCCAUCGCAUGCUCCUCAACCAUUGGAGGAAGAAGAAAAAGAUGAAAGUGAGUCAUAUUUUUUUAGUGGAUUUACGUGGGAAUCAGUAGUCAUAGGCUACAGUUUUGGACUAGUUGUUGGAACUGUCAUGUGGAGUCUCGUGUUUAAAUAUCGUAAGCCAGAAUGGUUUGUGGAAUUUUUCGAUGGACUGAUGCCUCACAAAAGAAGAAGGCCAAAUAGGAGAGCUCAGAGACGACGGACUUAA